AUGGAGCAUGUCACAGAUACCAAGCUGAAUGCGGCACCUCCUGCCAAAAGAAAACGCGUUGUGACAGCAUGUUUAGAAUGUUAUAGACGAAAGCAGAAGGUGCAAUCAACACGUCGGCCGAAAAUGAUGGCAGUCGCGCUGACUUUCAAAGUGCGACAGGAAAAAGCCAUGCCAAAAUUGCGUAGGCCGAAAUGUGGCAGCAAAAUAUCGCAAUCCACAGCACCAGAAUCCAAAUCACACUCGCCUGUUUCGGCCGAUGACACUACUGAAGAUGAUCCGACCCUCCAAGAAACUGCAUCCGACGGUACUGCACUUUCGUCCUUCUACGAUGUUCAUGCUUUCACAGAUCUGAAGAAGCUACUUGAGGAUGAAGAAGUCUUCCAAGUAUCAUCCAGAGCUCCCCUUGACCAGAACAAGCCAUGCUCGAAGUUCUGGAUCCUCGCUGCUCAGCUUCCAGACCCUGGGGUGCUAGCGAAAGCAUUCAACUACUACUUCGACGAGGUGCAUUGGCGAUACAAUGUUGGUCAGAAAUGCUACAUGGAUGCUCAACUUGAAAGGUGGACGACAAUAGUCAGCACACCAGCUUCGCAACGUACUGGCGUCAGUAAGGAUUUGCCGUACUUCGUGGUAUUUUCGUUCGAGCUACUUGCUGUCAUUCUCCAGUACAUGCGACACGAUCGAGAGAUAGCUCGUUUACUGCAUGCGACCAAUGAGAAAGCCGCUGUCUAUAUGUCCCGAAGGUACAACGAUGUAGCUUCUGAGCUCCUGUUACUCCUUGGUCGGCACAAUGGCACCAUUACUGUUGUUGACUAUGAUUUGCUCCGAGCGAGCUGGCUAAAGAACAACGGUCGCGGGAUUGAGAGCUGGUACGCUAUCAGUGAUGGUAUCCGACAUGCACAACAAUUGAAUUUACAUCGAGAGCCACGACCCGUUGCAAACAGUCCCGAGCUUGCAAAGAACCUCGAGCAAUUCUGGUCCCAAGAGUACGGAAGACGAGUAUGGGUGAAUUUGUUCUGCUGGGACUCGGGUACUGCGAUGAACCUCGGUCGACCACGUAUCAUCAACGCGAAAGACUGUGACGUUAACCUCCCGAUUGACUGUCCUUUUCCUGACGACCCAUCCAAGACCGUGCCCAUCCCGAAGGAUGAACACACACCCUCGCCACUGUCUUUGCUCCUCUUUAGAUAUGCUGUUGCUCGCAAAAUUCAUGAGAUUCGCGAAUUUGGUCUGGACAAGCAGGAUGCUGACUACAGCUCAGUUUGGGCCUUCCAUGAAAGCCUCAACAACUUGCUGAAGGGCAUGCCACAUUAUAUCAACCCUAACGACCCGGCGACCUAUCUCGAUUCUAGUUUCUCAUAUCUGCCACUGCAUAGAGAAGAAGCUUCGAGUGGAUUGAACUUGGUCAUCAUGGAGUUGCACCGGCCUUUUAUCGCGAUGCACGCAGAGAGUCGCAUUGCCGUCAUGAACGCCGCAAUCGGCUCCAUAGACAACCAGCACGCUCUCAUGGACUUCUCUGGAAAACAUCACUACGUCUACUUCGGCUUUGGAUUCUAUCCCGCCAACGCAGCUAUUACGCUCGCUGCCAUCGCCCUCGUCUACCCAAGCCACGGUCAGAUCGAGCCGAUCGAGAAGAAGAUCAAGCAAGCGUUAUCGAUUCUGGUCAAUAUACAAGCGUCCAACAUAGUGGCUCGAGCAGCUUUACCUGUUGUCCAGCGGCUAUACGACAAAGUCCGAGACUCUUUGCAGCAGAACCUCUCGGGCUCACCCAACACCAGUAGCCCGGAGUCCGCACCAAGCCAGGAUAGUGGUUACAUACCAACGACUACCUCCAUGCUCGAUUCGACACCACUAGCACCUAUUAGUACUGAGUUCAUGGUCGAAAAUACUGGAUAUCUGCCAAUGCACGAUGCUGCGGAUAUGCCAUCUUGGACCGAUGUGCCGCAGAUCAAUGACUUUGAUGCCACCUUCUGGCUAGAGCAAUUGAACAAGAUGCCUGAUAAUAUGUCACUCAAUGGCGUUGUCAAUCCGGAUGCGCUGUGGUCAUAG